CACGUAGGCCUUUAACAAGCAGGAAGAAGCAGUAAAAAUCCGGCCGUUAUAUAUUUUUUUAAGAAAUGUGGAAUAAUAGGAUUGUCUUUAGCCACCUGUUUGUGUCAUCUUUUGUAUUUAUAUCCACACAUCGGCUUUGUAGCAGGGGGAGAUUUGAUUGGCUGCAGUAUGCGUCUACAGAGACUUAAGCCCUAUACGUCAGACACGCCCUAGGUCAUCCGUUGACGGACGCAAUCGCAUGUAGUGUCACUAAAGUGUCACUACACACUAAAACCCUACGCAGAACCAUAAACGUUCACUACUGCGUCUAAGCGUCUGCGUGGUCAUUGCGUUGCGGGAACGUGGGACCAUAGAGAAGACUCCACUGUUGUGGUCGGAUUUAAAGCUAGGGCCAGAGCCGAGAGGGGUUUAGUAUAAGACGUCUACGUCGAAUCCUCCCUCGAUCUCUGAAAACAUGACUUCACUCGCUCGAGCUUUGUCUAAUUCCAAAACCAGCGACGCGGAGUGUCUUGACAGCCUCCCCAACGCGAUGCGAAACUGCACGCUGCAUGGCAGUAGGCAAGAGGUUCGGGUACUGGUCAUCAACACCGGAGGAACCAUCGGAAUGAAGAGUCAUAACGACGUCCUCUCACCGGAAUCCAAUGCGUUUGUGGAGGGCCUGCGAAAGCUGACCACCUUCCACGAUGAGCAAUAUGCCCAGGACACAGGCUUGUACGAAUUCUACGAUACCCCGGACAAAACACUGGUCCUGCCGAACCCAAGCAGCCAUGCUGAAGAGCGCUUUAAACGGUCGUACAAGGACAAUAAACGGGUGGUGUACACCUUUCUAGAGUACAGCCCCUUACUGGAUUCCUCCAACAUGUCGACCGAGGACUGGGGAAAAAUCGGGAAAGACAUCGAGAAAAACUACGAGUGCUACAAUGGCUUCGUGAUCCUCCACGGCACGGACACCAUGGCCUACACGGCCUCCGCCCUGUCCUUCAUGUGUGAGCACCUGGGCAAGCCCGUCAUCCUCACUGGCUCCCAGGUGCCAAUUUAUGAAAUGAGGAGCGAUGGCAGGGACAACCUGAUGGGGGCGCUGCUGAUUGCUGGACUGUUUGUAAUUCCAGAGGUAUGCGUGUACUUCCGCAACAAACUGUACAGGGGAAACCGCGUCACCAAAGUGGACACCGGGAGUUUCAAUGCCUUUGCCUCCCCUAACCUGCCCCCCCUGGCCAAGAUGGACGUGGAUAUAACAGUCAACUGGGACACGGUGUGGAGAGCCAACACCUCCACCAAGUUCCGCGUGCGCACAGAGCUGAACCGCAACGUGGGCCUGCUGAGGCUGUUCCCUGGCAUCACCGCGGCAACCGUGAGGUCGUUCCUGCAGCCGCCCAUGGAGGGCGUGGUCCUGGAGACCUACGGCACCGGGAACGCCCCCGACAACCGCGCCGACCUCCUGGCCGAGCUGAAGGAGGCCACGGACCGCGGCGUGAUCAUCAUCAACACCACCCAGUGUCUGAGGGGCACCGUGUCCAAGGUCUACGCCACGGGCGAGGUCCUGUAUAAAGCGGGGCUGCUGCCCGGCGUGGACAUGACCCCCGAGGCGGUCCUCUCCAAGCUGUCUUACGUGUUGGCCAUUGAAGGGCUGGACCACCAGACCAAAAAGAAGAUGAUGGCCCAGAACCUGCGAGGGGAGAUGAUGGCAGACCUGGCGGGAGCCAAGCUCAACCUGAGUGACAGCCGCUUCAUCCAGGUCAUCGCCAAGUCGCUCAGCAUCAGCUGCAAGGAGGAGCUGGAAGCCAUCCGCGACGCCCUGGCCCCCCCGCUGGCCUGCGCCGCCGCCAAGAUCGGAGACGUGGAGGCCCUGGAAUCCAUCCGGGAAAUGGGGAGUUACCUGAGUGUUGGCGACUACGACGGACGCACACCGCUGCACAUCGCUGCGUGCGAGGGCCACCUGAAGGUGGUCCAGUACCUCCUGGAGCACGGGUCCAGCGUCCACAGCCGGGAUCGCUACGGCGACACACCCCUGUCUAACGCAGUGCGCUUCAGACGCAAAGACAUCGUGAGGCUCCUGCGGAAGACCGGAGCCCACCUGUCCCGACAGCAGCUGGCCGUCUCGGGCACAGAGCUGUGCAGCCUAGCGGCGCACGGAGACCUGGACGGUCUGCAGAUCUGGCACCUAGCCGGGGCCGAUCUGAACACCCCCGGGUACGACGGACAGUCGGCCCUUUCGGUGGCCACGGGGGCUGGCAAGUUGGAGGCCGUCGCGCUUCUUAAUUGCCUCCUGAGUGCCGAGGAUCAGGGAAAAGGUGAUGAGUAGGAUGAUGGUAAUGAUGGUGACGGGGGUGAGAGGGGGAUCAAGCCCAACCCCCCCUCUGGAGGGAUGCUAGACCCGGGAGGGCUCCUACGCCAGCCAGGCUCGCUCACUGCCUUUCCCAGAGCGGCGCCAUCGCCUCCCCUUCCAAUGUUCCAGCGAGUCCUGCCGCUUCAGCGCGUCCUCGUUCCCUUAGUGACGCGCGUCUCCGUAUGCCACCAAACACGAGCACAUGUGAACCUUUAUUUCUGGCAUCACUUUUCGCCAAGGUUAUGUGUGUGUGUUAUUUUUAUGUUCAUCUAUUGUAUGUUCUUGUAAAUGUUGUUUUUCCACUUGUCCAUACCAGGCAAUCAGGGAAUCUUCUGUCCAUGGCUCAGAAAGAUGAUAAGAAAUUGACACGCUUUGUCUGGGAAUCUGUAUCCCACCUGCUGUUUUAGACAUCUGCUGUCCGAAGACCUUCCUAUGUAUGGGUUUAUGAAUUAAUAUGUCUGUAGUUUCUUUUAACUUACUAGAAUUGAAUGAGAUUGCAUCGUUGAAUAUUGUGAAAUGGAAAGAAGAUUUUUAUUAAUAUUGUGAAUUAAUUGUUUUUUGUGAAACAAACAACGAAGUCAGCAUCUGUGAACCUUAGAGCAUAUACAUGCAACCGUCCACUUCGCCUAUCCAGUAUUUGCUGAUGCGGAAAAGUGUGUGUGUGUGUGUGUGUGUGUGUGUGUGUGUGUGUGUGUGUGUGUGUGUGUGUGUGUGUGUGUGUGUGUGUGUGUGUGUGUGUGUGUGUGUGUGUGUGUGUGUGUGUGUGUGUGUGUGUGUGUGUGUGGUUUCCGGCCUUCUGUAUGCUGUUGUCUUUGCUGCUGAACUGAUUGCGCACUGUGCUGGACUUCUGGUGCUUUUACUGAAGAGGAGUUGUUAUAUUUGCAGCGCUUCAUUUUCACUUUUGACCAUGUUUGUACCCAAAGCCAAUGAUAAAGUAGUUACUUGAAUGUAUUCUUCUAAAGCAAUCAAUUAAGGUUUGUUGAGUUUUUAAUUUUCUGUGUUUUUUGGACAGCAAUCAGGGUUAUGGUAAGGGUUUUGUGUACCUGUCAUAUCAACUAUGUUUAAAUGCUGUUCCUGUUUGAUUCGAAAUAAAAUGUAUGAAAAACAUUUAAUAAAUACGUCCCAUUCUAAAUAAAUCUCCUGUAAUAAAUGGUGAAAUGUUAUGUCCACAUCGAGCAUCUUUGAACCAACCAAUGAAGGUAAUAGUAUAUUUAGAUAUCGCUUGAUCCUUACAGGACGAAUAGCUACAGUUAUCAAGUCCCACUAAACGUGACUCAACAAUCGCGACGCAGU